AUGUUUACCGGAGCACAACCGAAUUCAAGACGAUACGGCUCGUUCGGCUUCACGUAUUUGUUCAACCCGCCGCAUCCACCUGCAAUCAAACCCGCUCACGCUCGAGCAUGGAACAUAGGCAGGCGCUCCACGAUUCCAGGCUCAACCGUCAAGGCAGUCCAGAGGCCUGGUCAGCUACAAAUGAUCCACGACAUUUACCUCCUUUGCGCAGCUGAGAGCGUGGCAGCACAGACUGGCUCGGAACAAGGUCUGAAAGCAUCGACUUGGCAAUUCAGGACAGUGCGGACUCCUGCGGAGGCGGCUGGUCUCUUCAGCAUCAUUUCUCGCGGACGGUAUCCGAACAUGGGCCAGCAGAUUUCUCUAGGAGCGCCAAAUGUGAGAUCUGACGUCGAAAGCCUCUACGCCACUCGAUCAGACUUGAAGCCAGAGAUCACUCACAUAUCAGUUGCAUCUUAUUAUGAGGCGCCUACGGAACGAGGCAUUCAGUCAUCGGAUUCGGCGAAGACACCGCUAUCUUGGCCGACUCUAUCGCGUCCGGGUUUCUUACUGUACUUGGCAGCUGUCGGAGUGUCAUUCCAGCCAAGGCCUCAUCAAGCAGCUCCUGAUGCGAACAUGUCCAAAACAUGGCAGCCCUAG